AAAGCUCGGCGGGUGCCACGCGCUCCCACCAGCCUGCCAGUCCCCCAGCGGAGAUGGGCUCAGCUCCUGGACUUGCCACAGACAGAAAGCAUAACAGACACUCUCCCGGGAGAGUCUCUGCCUGAUCCGCGGCUGCUCGGAGCGCGGGGCCCAGGGCGGCCGGCCAGCCAGAUGCAGAGCACCGUCAAUUACCUCUGGCACACGGACGACCUGCUGGGGCAGGGGGCCACUGCCAGCGUGUACAAGGCCCGGAACAAGAAAUCUGGGGAGCUGGUUGCCGUGAAGGUCUUCAACACGGCCAGCUACCUGCGACCCCGCGAAGUUCAAGUGAGGGAGUUUGAGGUCCUGCGGAAGCUGAACCACCAGAACAUCGUCAGGCUCUUUGCGGUGGAGGAGACGGGGGGCAGCCGGCAUAAGGUGCUGGUGAUGGAGUACUGCUCUAGCGGGAGCCUGCUCAGCGUGCUCGAGAGCCCCGAGAACGCCUUCGGGCUGCCUGAGGAGGAGUUUCUGGUGGUGCUGCGCUGUGUGGUGGCCGGCAUGAACCACCUGCGGGAGAAUGGCAUCGUCCACCGAGACAUCAAGCCUGGAAACAUCCUGCGCCUCCUGGGGGAGGAGGGGCAGAGCAUCUACAAGCUGACAGACUUCGGGGCCGCCCGGGAGCUGGAUGACGAUGAGAAGUUCGUCUCUGUCUAUGGCACUGAGGAGUACCUGCACCCUGACAUGUAUGAGCGGGCCGUGCUUCGCAAGCCCCAGCAGAAGACAUUCGGGGUGACUGUGGAUCUCUGGAGCAUUGGGGUCACCCUGUACCAUGCAGCCACGGGCAGCCUGCCCUUCGUCCCCUUUGGGGGGCCACGGCGCAACAAGGAGAUGAUGUAUCGGAUUACCACGGAGAAGCCAGCCGGGGCCAUCGCGGGCACUCAGAAGGAGGAGAACGGGCCCCUGGAGUGGAGCUACACCCUCCCCGUCACCUGCCGACUGUCCUUGGGGCUGCAGAGCCAGCUGGUGCCCAUCCUGGCCAACAUCUUGGAGGUGGAGCAGGCCAAGUGCUGGGGCUUCGACCAGUUCUUCGCGGAGACCAGCGACAUCCUGCAGCGAGUCGUCGUGCACGUGUUCUCCCUGUCCCAGGCGGUCCUGCACCACGUCUACAUCCACGCCCACAACACGAUAGCCAUCUUUCUGGAGGCCGUGUAUGAGCAGACCAGGGUGGCCCCCCAACACCAGAAGUUCCUCUUCGAGGGUCACUUCUGGGUCCUUGAGCCCAACUUGUCAGCACAACACAUUGCCCACACGACCGCAAGCAGCCCCCUGACCCUGUUCAGCACAGCCAGUGAGACCCCCAAGGGGCUGGCCUUCAAGGACCCUGCUCAGGACAUCCCCAAGUUCUUCCCCAAAGUGGACCUGCAGGCAGAUUACACCACCGCCAAGAGCGUCCUGGGCGCUGGCUACCAGGCCCUGUGGCUGGCGCGGACCCUGCUGGCCGGGCAGGAGCUCAUGCUUCGGGGGCUGUACUGGUGUGUGGAGACACUCCAGGCUACGUGCAGGCGGACGCUGGAGGUCACGCGGAUGGCCCUCCUCUUCCUCAGCAGCAGCCUGGGCACUGAGAGGUUCAGCAGUGUGGCUGGGAUGACUGAGAUGCAGGAGCUGAAGAAGGUCACGGAGCUGAGGUCCAGGCUGCGGGCUUUGGCAGAGGCCCUCUCCAGAUGUUCCCACAGUAUCACAGAGUCCCAGACAAACCUGAGCAACCUAAGGUCUGAGCUGCUGAAGAACCGGGAUCAGGUACAUGCGGACAGAAGCAUCCAGCAGAUUCAGUAUUGUUUGGACAAGAUGAACCUCAUCUACAAACAGUUCAAGAAAUCCAGAAUGAGGCCAGGGCUUGGCUACAACGAGGAGCAGAUUCACAAGCUGGAUAAGGUGAAUUUUAGUCGUUUAGCCAAAAGGCUCCUGCAGCUGUUCCAGGAGACGUGUGUGCAGAAGUAUCAGACGUCCCUGGUCACGCACGGCAGGUGGAUGAGGGAGGUGCACGAGACCAGGAACCAUUUGCGCAUGGUCGGCUGUUCUGUGGCUGCCUAUAACACAGAAGCCCAGGGAGCCCAGGAGAGCCUCAGCAAGAUCCUUGACCAGGUAUCUCACCAGCUCCUUCAGGACAGAACAAGGGAGGCUCAGGUCUCCCCACCCCUGACAGCCCCCUAUCCCAGCCCUGCACUGACAGACCUGGUUCUCCAGAUGCAGGAGCUCUGUGAGGAGAUGAAGCUGCUGGCCUUUGACCUUCAGGACAACAAUCACGUCAUUGAAGGGUUAAGUCGGCCCCCGUCGGCUCCUGACUCCUGAUCUCUGAGCUCUGGGCCGCCCGCCAUCCUGAAGCAUUAGAAUCAUCCGAACACUGCUCUCCUGCCUGCAGUAUGGGGCCUACCAAGGGAUCACGUCUGGUCCCUUCUCAUCAGCCUACCUCCCUCCUGGCCGACAGCUGGGAGACGUCACCAGCAUUACCUUCCACUGCCUCUCUGCCCAAAGCAGCAAUGGCAGGGUUUGGGGCGGCAGGUGCUCUGUCAGGACCCCUGCCUGGGCUGACCUUGGCGCCUCGUGCAGGCUCAGGUCACCUCUGGCAGGCCGCAGGGAGAAGAGGCUCCCAUCGGCCUGCCUGCCCACCUCCUCUGGGCUAUAGGGGUUCGCUUCUCAGGGAACAGAAGGGGAGGCCUCUGGGGGUUUCCCUAGGAUGCUGGGUCAAAAGGCCUCAUUUCAGUCUUCCCUCAUCUUAAGGGGUUUUAUGUUGAACAUACAGCCCUGCCCUCUCCUGUGACUUCUGAAGGUUCCCGCUCUCUGCCCCAGGCAGGACAGAGCCUGACUCUCCCUCUACUCUGGGUCUGGCAGAGCCUGGGAGGAGAGAAUGGGGGGUCCAGGCCAGGUGCUAGGGCCUCGGGCACCCUCACCUUCCUCUCUCCCUGAGGCCUGACCGGGCCCUGGGAGACACAGCCGCGUUCAGCCGUGAGCACAGGCCUACAGGUCCAGAUAAGAGGCCUGCACCUUUGAGAAGGGGAAUAAAUGUGGCCUUCUUUUCUACUUC